CUUCGAUCUUGCGUAACCCAAAAGAGAAAGAAGCCAUUUUUUUAUUGAUUCUUUCUUGUGGGUAAUGCUUAAAGGUGACCUCAAGGUGGUGGCCCUGGUGGGGAACGCUUGGAAGUGGAAGGAAAAAAGAAGCAAAGUGGAUAAAGAUAGGCAAUUAUUUAAUUGCUCCCACUCCGUUUCCAUGACUCUCUUCUCGUUCGAUUUGAGCCGCCGCCUCCUUGCAUUUUGGAACUUCGUUUGGGCUGUGUAGCAAUUUAAGUUUGCUUUUUGCUUCUUGUUGUUGACCGUGGAAUGUGCUGUGGAGUGAACUGCGGAUGACGGCAAUGUUUAUGUCGUAAGGUACAUUUCCCGGAGCUUAUGUGUUGAUGGGUGAUUAUUACAACAACAAUGAGACAUCUGAAACUUAUACCUCUGUUGGAAAUGUGCCAAAUUCUUGCAUUCUUGAUGGACAUGGGUAUAAGCUAGCAGAUACGGCCCCUUGCCACGCCUUGAGAAAUAUAAUAUGUCCACUUGAUAACCUGGGGCUCUGCUCGUCAGUGAAUGAUAUUUUCUCUCAUAUUCUGGCAGUGAGCUCUCAUAUUACUCAGCAAUUCUUUUUCUUUAUUGAAAAUCUUGUCCUAAGAGAUGUUAAUAGAUACUCAGAAGACUUGGUGGCCUUUUCUGGUUGCCACCCAAUAUCUUCAGUGGACUGUACAUAUAAAUCUGCUUUUGAGGAUGGUCCAUCAUCUUCAAGUCCUGGAAUCCAUGAAAACAGAUCCGUGGUUGUCGAGGAAGAACUUCUUGGGAAUGCAAGAUUUAAAGUUGUUGAAAUGUAUGACAGUUUUAGGGGUGUCCCCUUCAUUUUUCAGGGGUUGAUGAUCCCUUUACUUUGUCUGAAACUUGCCUGUAAGUUUGCUGUGGCUUCUUGGAGGGUCUCUUUCUCUUAUGUCAGAUGCACACAACUUCAACUCAGUAGUAUUAUUUCUCGAGUUCAAAGGACAUUGCAUGGUUCCUCUGAUGAUAUCGGAUGGUUGCAAUAUAAUCCUGAUAUGGCUCCAGUUGAGGAUGGCACUUCAAGAUUUUUAGAAAUUCUUGAAGCUAUAAGGAAUGGGGAGCACAGACUGCCCAACUCUUUCAUUUAUCUACUCAUUCCAGGUCUCUUUAGCAAUCAUGGUCCCUUAUACUUUGUUGGCACCAAGAGGUUCUUCUCAAAAAUGGGCUUGACAUGUCACAUAGCAAAAAUCCAUAGUGAGGCUUCUGUGGAGCACAAUGCAUAUGAACUAAAGCAAUAUAUCGAGGAACUCUACUGGGGUUCAGGCAAGCGUGUGAUAUUAUUAGGGCACAGCAAAGGUGGGGUGGAUGCUGCAGCUGCCUUGUCAAUGUUCUGGGACAGCUUGAAAGGAAAAGUUGCUGGAUUGGCACUGGUUCAGAGCCCAUAUGGCGGCACUCCUGUAGCUUCUGAUAUACUUCGCAAGGGCCAGAUUGCUGACAAAGAAACCAGGAGGAUAAUGGAGCUUAUAAUUUGCAAGCUAAUUAAGGGUGAUAUACAAGCAUUGGAGGACCUCACGUAUGAAAAGAGGAAGGAGUUUAUCCUGAAAAACAAGCUUCCAGAUGAAAUUCCUCUUAUUUCUUUCCAUUCCGAAGCAAGUAUAGCCCCAGGUGUACUUGCAACAAUGACUCACAUAGCCCAUGCAGAGCUUCCAUGGCUUCCUCUUCUGAAGUUUGGCAGUGAAAGCUCAGAUGAGCUCGUAUUGCCAGGAGGUCAGGUUCCUGUUGCCAUUCCUCUUUCUGCUGCUAUGGCUGUUUGUGCUCUCCAUCUACAGUUGAGGUAUGGUGAGAGAAGUGACGGGGUAGUGACGUGUCGCGAUGCCGAAGUUCCGGGAUCAGUUGUGAUUAGACCUAACCAGAAACUCGACCACGCAUGGAUGGUUUACUCCUCAAGGAAGAACAACCCCAGCGAGCCCGAUGCUAGUGAGAUGUGUGAGGCCAUCUUGACUCUGCUUGUAGAAAGUGGAGCGGAGCGUAACAAUAGGGAAAAGAGUGAUUGAGUAGCUCAAUUGUGAAAACAUUCAUUCGUUCAUUCCUUUCCCUUGUGAUUGAUGACUAUUUUUCCCCCCACGUAAUACAAUUGGCAAAGUAGAAAUGCCUGCAAAAUUCAUGUCCGGUUUACAAGUAUUUGCCUAUCUCUGCCUCUUAUCUGUGUGUUUGAUUUAAAAUUCAGAUAACUGAUCAUCUGAUUUCAAGACAGGCAACUGCUGGAAAAAAAAAAAAAUCGUGCAAUUAAACAACUAUUAGAUAGGGACCAGAAGUUGGAAAAGAUUGGUCAUUGCUUGAUAAACUCUACCUGAUAAUUGCACUGUGGUCUGGUGGUAUUAGGAGUCGGGUUCUCGUGAUAUCAUUAAGAUUCUCAGCUGAAGUGUGGAACGAGAACAAGGAAAGACAAGCAGGCUAUGGAAGGCCGCUGUUGGGAGGUCAGAGGAGGUGCAUCCUUCCAUUUCUUGAUUGCAAGCUCACCUCAGAUGGGUAAGUCUCCAUUUGCUGUACUCUUACCAUGGAUGGUGGAGGUUAAUCCGGUGCGGUUAAGAUUGCAUCCGUGUACAGGACAAUAAUGCCCUGGAACGGCUUGAGAAACUUCAGAGGCCUACUGUGCGGGUAAGAUGCUGUCAAGGUAUUUCUGUAUUAUUAAGGUCCAAAUUGGGGUAACAUACAAAGAUGUACAUACUGAAGGACAAGCUUUGCCAGUUGAAGUGGACUGAAGAUGAAGGCAUUGUGAAGGUGAUGUUGAUUGGGCAAGGGAAAUUGAGCGAAAGAGGGGGAGGAAAUUUUACUUUGCCAUACGCUUCACAUUGCUAGAUUCGUGUUAUUGUUUGUUUGUUGUCGGCAAGACUGCACAUUACUAGUUCGGUACAAGCUUAAUCUUACUUCGCCAGCCUCUUCACA